CCGGCCGCGUAGCCCCUGCGUCCCGCCGCCCUGAGGGGAGCGCCCGGGGCAGCGCCGCCCGCCCGCCCGCCCGCCGCGGAGGAGCCGGAGCGCCCCGCCGCCAGCAACGCCCCCGACGCGGGCGGGGGGAGCUUCGCAAAGCGGAGGAGCAGCGUCGUGUAGCGGCGACCGCCGCGGGGAAGAGAAGGAAAGUUGGUGCGAGCGGCGGCGGCGGGGCCGCCCGGGAAGCAGGACUGCGGGGAGCCGCCGCCUCGUCUCGGCCCGGUCGCCGCGGAUGUGCCCCCUCCGGGCGGGGAAGGACGGAGCGGAGCGCUGGCGGCGGGGAGCAGGCGGCUGGCUGCGCUUCACCCUCGCCGGGCUGCUGCACUCGGAGGAUUUGUGGACUGACUCUCGCUCCUGACCCACGGUCUCGGCUGGAUUUGUGGGGUUCUCUUGCUGGAUUUAAGCUUUUUUUUUUUUCCGCCUGUUUUUUUUUUUCCCCGCCCCCCCCCCCCCCCCCCCCCCUCUUUUCUCGGGGGAAGGAACUGCCUGCCAGCCCCGCUCGGGCUCCCGCUGCAGUCGUGGCAGUGCCGUGGAGGCUGGGACCCCCCUUCGAGGCAAGGUGAGCGCUGGCAUUGAUCCGAUACAGCAUCAUCAUCCCUCGGCCCCUGGAAAGGUGCGUCGGGGCUUGUAACCAAAGAGCGCGCACACACACCAAAAAAAAAACACCAGACACCACCAAAACUGCAAACCACCCUGCAUCUAGAAGCAUACAAAACAUCCAGCUAGUGGGACUCGCGUUUGGGAUUUGUUAGUUCUCUUGCUGAUGCCACUGCCCCAUGGUUGCCUCAAUGGCAGGAUCAUGAAGUGUUUGACUUUUUUUCUUCUGCUUCCAGAGACCUUAAAGAAGUCCAAAAAGAGUGUGAGGUCAAACGGCAAGGUGCCAGGAUGCUAUGAGAUAGUGCCCCUGUCCCUGAAGAAGAAGAUGGCUGCAGAACUUUACCCUGCCAGCACCAACACCAACCUCGCAAACAGUAACGCCGCCGCCGCAGCCACCGCUGCCAACAGCAAGAAGAACGCCCUGCAGCUCCAGCAGACCGCCCAGCCGCCCCCGCCGCCCCAGCUCCAAAACCUCAACAACAACAACUUGGAGAGUGCCAACUGGCAGUCCUUCCACCCCACGCUGCGGGAGAGGAACGCGCUGAUGUUCAAUAACGAACUCAUGGCUGACGUUCACUUCAUCGUGGGCCCACCGGGGGCAUCCAAGAAAGUUCCUGCCCAUAAGUAUGUUUUGGCAGUUGGCAGCUCUGUCUUCUAUGCCAUGUUUUACGGUGAUCUCGCAGAGGUCAAAUCUGAAAUCCAUAUACCAGAUGUGGAACCCGCAGCCUUUCUAAUCCUAUUAAAAUACAUGUAUAGUGACGAAAUAGACCUGGAGGCUGACACGGUUCUGGCUACACUCUAUGCUGCCAAGAAGUACAUUGUGCCGGCCCUAGCAAAGGCUUGCGUCAAUUUUCUGGAGACCAGUUUAGAAGCGAAGAACGCUUGUGUCCUGCUGUCUCAGAGCAGGCUCUUCGAGGAGCCAGAGCUGACGCAGCGCUGCUGGGAAGUGAUUGAUGCUCAGGCAGAAAUGGCACUGAAGUCAGAGGGCUUCUGCGAGAUAGAUCAACAAACACUGGAGAUCAUUGUCACCCGGGAGGCGCUCAACACCAAGGAAGUGGUGGUUUUCGAGGCUGUUCUCAACUGGGCAGAGGCUGAAUGCAAAAGGCAAGGGCUGCCUGCUACGCCACGCAACAAGAGGAAUGUAUUAGGAAAAGCUUUGUACUUGGUGCGGAUUCCCACCAUGACUUUGGAAGAGUUCGCCAACGGAGCGGCCCAGUCCGACAUCCUCACCCUUGAGGAAACUCACAACAUAUUCCUGUGGUACACGGCCGCCAACAAACCCAAACUAGAGUUUCCGCUGACGAAAAGAAAAGGACUCGUCCCUCAGCGGUGCCACCGGUUCCAGUCGUCCGCGUACCGCAGCAACCAGUGGCGGUACCGAGGGCGCUGCGACAGCAUCCAGUUUGCCGUAGACAAACGGAUAUUUAUAGCGGGACUGGGGCUGUACGGGUCGAGCUGCGGCAAAGCCGAGUACAGCGUCAAAAUCGAACUGAAGCGCCUAGGAGUGGUCCUGGCUCAAAACCUGACUAAGUUUACCUCCGAUGGCUCCAGUAACACUUUCUCGGUGUGGUUUGAACACCCUGUGCAGGUGGAGCAAGACACGUUUUACAAUGUCAGUGCUAUCCUCGAUGGUAACGAGCUCAGUUACUUUGGGCAAGAGGGAAUGACUGAAGUGCAGUGCGGGAAAGUGACGUUCCAGUUCCAGUGCUCCUCGGACAGUACUAAUGGAACUGGAGUACAAGGCGGACAGAUACCUGAGCUCAUUUUCUAUGCAUGACGCAUUUCACCUUGAUGGGUUUUCCAGUGCUGCACAUUAAGGGGUUUUUCAAUUUUACCAAGAACUGCAGCAGUACAGAAUGUUACGCUACUUACCUAUCUGCUACAUCAGGCUAUUCAAAUAAGUGAAGGAAUGCUCUUGAAUUUAAUCUUAUUUUAUUUAUUCAUAAGCUAUUUGACUUAAUUAUUAAGACUGCAGCAAGCAGAAAAAUGUUAAAUUUUGCACGUACUGUGCAUUUAUUUUGUAUAUAGAUAACUAACUUGCAGACUUGCAGUUGACUCAAACAGAAUGUUCUAAACUAGAGCAGUUUACGAAUCUGUUAAAUAUAAAAUGUUUUUACUUGCCCUAAA